AUUAUAAUAUUAAAUAUUACUGUGUAUUAUUAUGCCAAACAAAAGCACCAGCAGAAAAGCACAUAUUAAUACAGCCUUGUUAACUCAUUCUCUCUCCCUGUCUCUCUCUUAGAACAAGCAGACACUAAUCCACAGAGAGGAACAACAGUUUGAGCUUUUGCAACUAAAAAUGGGAUCUGAAGCGCCAAAGAAGGUGACAAUCCAUGUGACUGGAUUCAAGAAAUUUCAAGGGGUUGCCCAGAAUCCUACUGAGACUAUUGUCACUAACCUGAAGAAUUAUGUUGAGAAGAGGGGUUUGGCGCCAAGUGUUACUUUAGGGAGCUGUGAAGUUCUUGAGACCGCUGGAGAUGGUGCACUGCCUAUGCUUUACAAGGUCAUGGAAUCAGGUCUAUCGGGAGAAUAUGGCUCCAACAAUGAACAAGUUGUAUGGCUUCACUUGGGGGUGAAUAGUGGAUCAGUUAAAUUUGCUAUUGAGCAGCAGGCUGUGAAUGAAGCCACCUUCCGUUGUCCUGAUGAGCUGGGAUGGCAGCCUCAGCAAUUGCCUAUAGUCGUUGCUGAUGGAGGAAUCACUCAAACAAGACAGACAUGUUGCUCUGCUGAGGCAAUCCUCCAGUUCUUAAAGAAGGACGGCCACGCUGUUACACUUUCAGAUGAUGCCGGUCGUUAUGUUUGCAAUUACGUAUACUAUCACUCCCUCCGGUUUGCAGAACAAAAAGGUCACAAAUCCCUUUUUGUCCAUGUUCCGCUCUUUUCCAAGAUCAAGGAAGAAGCUCAGAUGGAGUUUGUGGCAGCUCUUCUGGAGGCUAUUGCAUCAACAUGCUGAUACCAUAUAUACUGAAUCUGAAAGUAAAUUAUGUUCCUGUUGUCAUUGACUUUCUCCUGUAAAUCAACAUGUUCCUUCCACCAUGACUUUUUUUUUAUUGGUCAGAUCCUUUGUUAUAAAUUAAAUAAAAAAAAAUAUUCCAUGUUC